GCUCGCUCAGUGUUUUCAUAAAAAAUCGCCGCCGCAGUGAAAACUUCGAUCGGAAGCGCCUCGUCCGCGGUUUUAUUAAAUGUUUGCCAUCGUGAUCAUCCGGAUUCCGGUCUAUUUCAUGUGCAACGCCAUCGGGAAGUUUUGAACUUCGCUCUAGUGAACAAUUUGUUUGCCGGAAACUUGUGCUUGUGCUCGUAAAUCGCAAAAGAAAACUAGAGUGUUCCCACCAUCAUCGUCUAUCGUUUCAAGCAGCAGCGCAGAGGGGUAACGAAAAAUGGGCGCGUAUCUAUCGGAACCGAUUACCAGCAAGGAAUCGUGCGACGAGGACAAUGAUUUUCUGGCUACCGGAUCCAGUUCGAUGCAGGGAUGGCGAAUCAGUCAGGAGGACGCCCACAACUGUAUUUUAACUUUCGACGAGAAAACUUCGUUCUUUGCCGUUUACGAUGGACACGGUGGAGCCGAGGUUGCCCAAUACUGUAGUUUGUAUUUGCCAGCGUUCCUGAAAUCUUUGGACAACUAUAAACUUAAGAACUUUGAAAAAGCCCUAAAGGAUGCCUUCAUCGGGUUCGACGGUGUUCUGCUGGAAGACAAGGUUAUCGAAGAGCUCAAAAAACUCAACGAAAAGUCGAACGGCGAAGAAGCAAUAGAGGAGGAUGACGAUGACGAGGAAGAAGAGGACGAUAAUGUCGACAAUUUGCGCAAGGAAGCACACAUGCCAUUGAACGAAGUUCUCCAAAUGUACAAAAAAGAUAAGAAAAAUCCUUUAAAUAAAUUAAAGGAAGGAAGUAGUUCCAAACCAUUGUCACCCUAUCUUAAGGGAAAACGUAAGGGAAUGGGACUUCCUCCGCCUGAAGAAUAUGCAGGCGCCAGUUCCAGUGGAGCAGGUUCGUCUUCGCAAGAAGCAGAUGCUUCGAGCAGCAAGAGUAAAGCCGCCGAUGCAAUCGAUUCCACGGUUAGCAGCUCCAGCAGCAACAAGUCUGAGGGGACCGAAAAACCGGAAUCGACAGCAGCGGAACAGAGCGACGAAAUAAGUGACACCGAUGGAAAUGUCUCCGCAAAGACCAAGAAAGAGGAAUGCGCUCCGGACAGUUCUUCAUCUAAAUCCGGGGAAAACGAGUCCAAAGUCAACGGCGAAGGGGGCAGCAAAUCAGUGGUUUCAUCAUCAUCUGCUGCAGGAUCAUCGGCAGCCGAAAAUGGUAUCGUUUCAAGUGGUGGCAGCAGCAACAAAGAUGCCGGUGGUUCUUCAAGUGCUGCUGCAGGUUCAUCGUCAGCUAACGCGCCUGGUGGUUCCAAUGCUGACAGUUCUUCGGCAGGAGCUGGAUCAUCAUCGUCGGCAGCAUCGCCCAAGAAGCGGGCAGCUCGAAAUGGAGCCCCCAAGGUUAUCGACGACUCCGAAGACGAUGAUACUGAAACCGAUGAGGAAUUCCCACCAGUUGCUGAGACCUCGAGCACCGAGGAUGGAGAGGAAGAUCCGUAUGGUGAGGAGGGCAUCGAAGAAGAGGAAGACGAUGAGGAAGGCGAAUACGAAGAGGAGGAAGAGGAUGAUUACAUCAAUGAAGAAGAUGAAGCCUUUAUGAGUAACAUCACGGAUGAACCAGGAAAAGAUAGUGGUUGUACGGCCGUUGUUGCUCUACUUCAUGAGAAGGAACUCUUUGUUGCCAAUGCUGGUGAUUCUCGAUGCGUGGUUUGCCGCAAUGGUAAAGCCUUGGAAAUGAGUGUGGACCACAAACCGGAGGACCAGAUCGAAUUCGACCGGAUACAGAAGGCUGGUGGUCGGGUUACCUUGGAUGGUCGCGUUAACGGGGGUCUGAAUUUGUCGCGCGCCAUCGGCGAUCACGGUUACAAGAUGAACAAGAAACUGCCUCCAGAGGAACAGAUGAUCUCCGCUUUGCCCGACAUCAAGAGAAUUUCGAUUGGUCCAGAGGACGAUUUUAUGGUGUUGGCGUGCGACGGUAUUUGGAACUUCAUGACCAGCGAUGAUGUGGUUGACUUUGUUCAAGAACGCAUUCGGGAUCCCACUAAGAAGCUGUCCGAGAUCUGCGAAGAGAUGUUUGAUUACUGUUUGGCCCCGCACACGAAGGGCGAUGGCACAGGUUGUGACAACAUGACGGCCAUCAUCGUGCAGUUUAAGCCCAAGCUUACAGGUUCAGCUUCGAGGAAGCGCGCAGCAUCUCCGGAUCCCGAAUCUGCCGAUUGCAAGAAAGUAAAGACCAGUUCCACAACCUGUACAACUUCAACAGACGACAAGAGCAGCAAGGCUGAUGCAGAACCCGCCAGCUCUGACGCGACUGAUGAAAAGGAAGCGGAAGCCACGGUAGUUUCCGUAGAGUCCAGUUCGGCUGCCAUGGAUUCAAGCGAAGAUGCUGCAUCUUCAUCGACGUGAAUCUUCGGUAGAUAAGCUCAUCCAUACCUACUCACCUAGUAAGUACUUGCCGGUUUUGUUUUUAUCAUUGGGAAUGUGUCACCGCAAAGUAAAAAAUAUUCAUAUAAAAAAAAUCAAAAAUCGUUCUGCUGUUAAUUUGGAUUUUAACCCAGCCGCCGAAAAUUGGUCAAUUUUACUUAUGCACCAGCUAAUAGUGUUGCUGUUUGACAAAGUAGUGGAUUAACCAGAAAAUAUUACAUUUGUAAACCCCCCGUUAGAGGUAGAAAGUGACAACCCAGCACACACAUUCAACAUUUCUAUUGCAUAUGUUCAGUAUUUCUUAUAAAGCCGUGAAACCAUCUGACGACAUAAUAAUUGUUCUGAAUAAUUGUAUAUCAACCAACCUGAAGAGUGUCUCCAUUAUACAACUUACUAAUAUAAAAUAUAAGAAUUUAAAUUAUGCUUUGGUUGACGCUCUAAAGUAUUGAACAGCCAGAAAAUUGUAGUAGUUUGAUAGUGUAACCCUAUUCAGGCAAGAAUAAACUGGUGUAGUUCUUAGAUACAAAAAAAAAACGACACGUUUUUCCUUAGUAAGACCGUAUAUUUACCAGCCAAGUCGGUAAUAAAACACGACAAAGACAUCGUAAUAAUCAAAUCCCUGGGUCAUGUAAAUAUUUGUUCGGAGUAAUUCACGCAAAACAAACCUAUGCAUCCUUAAAAAGUAAGUUAUCGUCCAGGCUGGAUGAAAUAAACAUGAAGUAAAAAAAAGUUCUACUACUACAACAAACAGGUAUGAUAUAACUCAAACACAAGUCUCGUAGUGGUCCAAUUAGAGGACAAUACAGUGUCUUUGGUUGAAUA